CCGCCGGGCUCUCUGCGCCCCUCCCGGGCGCCGGGGCGGCGGGGCCGUCGGCGUGCGGCCCAUCCGUGCGUCCGCGCGUGCGCCCGAGUGCGCCUUCGCGUCCGCCGCCCGCGGCCAGGCGCGCGCCCCGCGACACCGAGGCCGAGCUGGGGCAGGGGUCUGCCCGCCAUGACCCCCCGGAGCCCGGCGUGAGGGGCCGAGAUGCGGUGACCCACCAGCUCCUGCCGCUGUUGUCUUCCUCGAGUCACUCCAUCUCGCCACACCCCGGGGGGCCCAGCACCCUCACCACCACCUGACACCAUGUCGACCUCGUCGCUGCGGCGCCAGAUGAAGAACAUAGUCCACAACUACUCAGAGGCCGAGAUCAAGGUCCGAGAAGCCACGAGCAACGACCCCUGGGGCCCGUCCAGCUCCCUAAUGUCUGAGAUCGCUGACCUCACCUACAAUGUCGUCGCCUUCUCCGAGAUCAUGAGCAUGAUCUGGAAGCGGCUCAAUGACCAUGGCAAGAACUGGAGGCACGUCUACAAGGCCAUGACGCUGAUGGAGUACCUCAUCAAGACCGGCUCGGAGCGCGUGUCACAGCAGUGCAAGGAGAACAUGUACGCCGUGCAGACGCUGAAGGACUUCCAGUACGUGGACCGUGACGGCAAGGACCAGGGUGUGAACGUGCGUGAGAAGGCCAAACAGCUGGUGGCCCUGCUGCGUGACGAGGACCGGCUACGGGAGGAGCGCGCCCACGCGCUCAAGACCAAGGAGAAGCUGGCGCAGACUGCCACUGCCUCCUCAGCAGCGGUGGGCUCUGGGCCGCCCCCGGAGGCAGAGCAGGCGUGGCCACAGAGCAGCGGGGAGGAGGAGCUGCAGCUGCAGCUGGCCCUGGCCAUGAGCAAGGAGGAGGCCGACCAGCCCCCGUCCUGCGGCCCCGAGGAUGACGUCCAGCUCCAGCUGGCCCUUAGUUUGAGCCGAGAGGAGCACGACAAGGAAGAGCGGAUCCGCCGUGGGGACGACCUGAGGCUGCAGAUGGCCAUAGAGGAGAGCAGGAGGGAGACCGGCGGCCAGGAGGAGUCAUCCCUCAUGGAUCUUGCUGAUGUCUUCACGGCCCCGGCUCCACCGCCAGCCUCGGACCCCUGGGGGGGCCCAGCACCCAUGAGCGCCCACACCUCGGACCCUUGGGGGGGUGCCCCUGUCCCUCCAGCUGCUGAUCCCUGGGGUGGUCCAGCCCCUACACCAGCCUCUGGGGACCCUUGGAGGCCUGCUGCCCCUGCGGGGCCCCCGGUUGACCCUUGGGGUGGGACCCAGGCCCCUGCAGCUGGAGAGGGGCCCACGCCUGACCCGUGGGGGAGCUCUGAUGGUGGGGCCCCAGUUGGCGGACCCCCUGCCUCUGAUCCCUGGGCUCCAGCCCCGGCCUUCUCAGACCCCUGGGGAGGGUCACCUGCCAAGCCCAGCACCAAUGGCACUGCAGCAGUGGGGUUUGACGCGGAGCCUGAUGAGUUCUCUGAUUUUGACCGACUGCGCACGGCCCUGCCAACCUCCGGGAGCAGCACAGGGGAGCUGGAGCUGCUCGCUGGAGAGGUGCCUGCCCGCAGUCCUGGGGCGUUUGACAUGAGUGGGGUCGGGGGCUCUCUGGCUGAGGCUGUGGGGAGCCCCCCACCCGCAGUCGCUCCAACACCGCCACCGCCCACACGGAAGACACCAGAGUCAUUCCUGGGGCCUAACGCAGCUCUUGUCGACCUGGACUCGCUCGUGAGCCGGCCGGGCCCCACGCCGCCAGGAGCCAAGGCCUCCAACCCCUUCCUGCCAAGCGGUGAGUGUGGGCCUCCCAGGCUGGUCCUUCCUGCCGACCUCCUCCCCAGGCAGACCCCUGACUCUGCUCUGCGUAUCUCCUCUCCUUUCUCUCCUGUAGGAGCCCCGACAACCGGUCCCUCCAUCACCAACCCCUUCCAGCCUGCACCCCCUGCGACGCUCACGCUGAACCAGCUCCGGCUCAGCCCCGUGCCCCCGGUCCCUGGAGCACCACCAACAUACAUCUCUCCGCUUGGUGGGGGCCCUGGCCUGCCCCCCAUGAUGCCCCCAGGCCCCCCGGCCCCCAACACUAACCCCUUCCUUCUAUAAUCCAGGAGGGAGGGGGAUUUGGCCUGGCCUGGCUUCCCCCAUUUCUGCUCCCUGGGAGACCAGUGUUGUGAGUGCAUGUGAAGCGGGGGACCCCCCGCCCCCACCCCAGCACCCUCUCCCUCCUGGGGCCCACUCACACUACACCCUCUUCCAUGUCCCCCACCCCACCUCCCUGGAGAGAAACUGGACACGGGGGAUGGGGAGGGGUGCUGGCCAGAGGAGGACCCCUUUCCUGUGGCAUUAGGAAGGGGAGGGACAGCUGGGGGUCCCCCCACCCAUUCCCUUCCCUCCCAACUGGCCCCUCAGUCAGUGUUUGAGCCUCCUCGUCCCCAUGCACAUCCCUUGGUGAAUCCUUGGUGAUAAUUUUGGCGACUUCGGGAAUAAAUGGCAAUUCUCACGG